AUGCAGGGGGACCCCAGGCCUUGGGCUUCACCCGCGAAAGGCCCACUCCCAGCUCCGCACGGCCGCUUACUGCGUGCCUGGGCGUCCCCGGCCCCGGACGUCUUGCAGACUCCAGAUGCGCCUAAUCUUAUGGGACGCUCCUUGGGAAAGCGGCAGGUGGUACUGGACUGGCCACAGGCGGCGCUGCGGCGGGGGGGGGGGGGGCUGGCGGCGGCGGAAGGAGCGCGGCAGCGAGAGCGCGUCGCUGCCUCGUCCGCCCUCUGCGCCAUGGUGCCCGCUGCGACCGUGGCGCGGCUGCUCGGCGCCGGCGUCUGGCCCAGGCCGCUGCGGCCGCAUCUGCUCCCGAGCGCGACCCCGGGGCGAGCCCGACCGGGCGGCAGGACACUGGCAGGCGCCGCGACGCCCGCCGUCAGCGAGCCCCAGGACAGCGUCGAUACCAGCGACAAGAUCCUCAAUGAGCCCCUCAAGCACUCCGACUUCUUCAAUGUCAAAGAGUUGUUUUCCGUGAGAAGUCUCUUCGAUGCCCGCGUGCACCUGGGCCACAAAGCAGGCUGUCGGCACAGGUUUAUGGAGCCGUACAUUUUCGGGAGCCGCCUCGGCCAGGACAUCAUCGACCUGGAACAGACGGCCGCACACCUGCAGCUGGCAUUGAACUUCACGGCCCAUGUGGCCUAUCGCAAGGGCAUCAUCUUGUUUGUGAGCCGCAACCGGCAGUUCUCACACCUGAUUGAGACCACGGCCCGGAACUGUGGCGAGUACGCCCACACCCGCUACUUCAAGGGCGGCCUGCUGACCAACGCCCCGCUCCUCUUGGGCCCCAUGGUCCGCCUGCCAGACCUCAUCAUCUUCCUGCACACGCUCAACAACGUCUUUGAGCCCCACGUGGCUGUGAGAGACGCGGCCAAGAUGCACAUCCCCACGGUGGGCGUCGUGGACACCAACUGCAACCCCUGCCUCAUCACCUACCCCAUCCCCGGCAACGAUGACUCGCCCCCGUCCAUCCACCUCUUCUGCAGCCUCUUCCAAACCACCAUCAACCGGGCCAAGCAGAAGCGGAGGCAGAUGGAGGCCCUGUAUCGGCUGCAGGGCCCAGAGGGGCCGGGGGCUGGGGUACCUAACCUGCCACGUAGACCUGACCUCCUCUGGGCCCGGGCAGGGACGCGGCCUGACCAGCUGGUGAAGCAAGGGCCUGAGAGAGUCAGGUUCCUGGAUUCAGGACCACGGCAGCCGGUGGCCCAUGUGCAGCUCAACAUGCCCGGUUCCGACCUGGAGCAGCGUGCCCACCUUCUGCUGACCCGGCUGGAGCGUGCAGAGCCCCACAGAGGCCGCGCCCCAGGGUUAGAAGACCGGAGCUCCCGAGCUCCCGGCGAAGGCACCGCAGAAGAAGAUGGAAAUGCCUUGAGCUCUGGAGUGGGCAUUGGGUCUGUAGCUGCUUCUGCAGCCGCGUCGACGCUGCAGUGGUGA